AUGGGUGGUUUAUUCUCGAGCAGAGCGCCCAAAUUUGACCCCGCCAAAGACCUCGCGGAUCUUACUGGCAAGGUCGCGAUCGUCACCGGUGGCAACAGCGGCAUUGGCUACGCAACCGUGCAGCACCUCGCGCGCCAGGGCGCAAAGGUAUACAUCGGCGCGCGCAGUGAGGAGCGUGCUAAGGCCGCCAUCGAGCGAUUGCGCGCCGAGGGGCUACAGCCUAGGAACGGAGAGCUUGAAUGGCUUGAGCUCGAUCUGAGCGAUCCACGCAAGGCGAAGGCAAGCGCGGAAGCGUUCCUUGCGAAGGAGAAGCAGCUGGACAUCCUUGUUAACAAUGCAGGCGUCAUGCGCAUCCCGUACAAGAUCGACAGCACGUAUGGCAUCCAGCAGAAUAUGGUUGUCAACCACUUCAGCCCAUUCGUUUUCACAAAGGCUCUGCUGCCACUCCUGACCGAGACGGCCAAGGAGCCAGGUAGUGACGUCCGCAUAGUGAUAGUCUCGUCGCAAACGAUCGGGAUGAUGAAGGGACGAGAUGUGCACUUCCGCGACAUCAACGAGAUCAACGAGAAGUUUGGAAACGGCAUAUUUUCCGACAUGUAUCGAUAUGCAUACAGUAAACUCGCCAACGCACUCUACGCGAAGCAGCUCCAGAGGCGGGUUGAUCUCGAAGGAAUACCCAUCACCGUCAUGGCCCUUCAUCCCGGCUCCGUCAAUACAGAGGGUCUCAGGCAAGACCCUAGCGCGUCAAUUCCUAUCCUCGGUCGACUCGUCAAGUUCGUAAUGGAGCACUUCUUGACCGGAGCCUCCGAAGGCGCAUAUGCGUCUUCCUUCGCUGCCGCGUCCCCGAUCGUCAAGGCAGAGAGGGACAAGUACAAGGGAGCGUAUCUCGACCCGCCUGGUAAGAUCGUCCCCCCUCCUGCUCCCGAGGCAGAGAGCACGGAGCUUGCGGAAGAGUUGUGGGCCACAACCGAGACUAUUUUGCAGUCGUUUGAUCUGUAA